ACAUUAGGUAAUAUCGUUAUUUGUGGACUGUAGCGAAUAGGAGCAUUAAUAUACAUGCAAAUAGGGAGAAUUAAUGGGGCGAUAGGCAACUGGAGGGUGAGGAGAGGCGUGUACGGUACGCGUCCAUGACUACCUAGUGUACCCCGAGGGUGUAUGUACACUUCACUACCUUCACACUCCACUAGUGUACCCCUGACCACUCAAUCACAGUCCAUUCACUCCUACAACAGAGUCUUGAAGGAAGAUGAAUAAUACCAAGAGAAGACAAAAGGACAAAAAUAUUAGAGAUUUGAACUUUGGCAUAGAUCAAAAUCACCAUGAUAAUUCAAGGGACAGUGGAAGAACCAGAGGUUUGCAUAAUAAUAAUAAACCAGCUAAGUCAUGCCAGCAACACAGUCAAGGUAGAGGGAAAAAGACUCCACAUCCACCAGGAAGGAAACAAGAUCAGAAGCCUCCAGGUCAACAAACCACCUGUUGGUCUUAUUAUCAUCAAGGAAAUGUAGAAAUCCCAGAGAUUUGUGUUUACUCUAUUGACAAACGCUGUAUGCAUGAAGAAAGUGGAUGCCUCAGACUUCAUGCCAAAUGUACGAGUCAGUGGCAGGUACUGCAUGAUUCCAGUUGGUAUAAUUUACGCAAUUUUCACUCAAAAGAAAUUGAGGAUGCCUUUGAGGAUGUGACAAAGGAUUCUGUAAGACUAUCCCUUCUGAACCCCAUAAUGUUGGGGAACAGUGGUACUGGAAUGUUAAAGAUUCUUGGAACUCAGCAGUGGGAAGCAGAUUUAGAAACUAUGAAGUUAAGAAGCGUGACAAAAGUUGGUUCUCCAGUAGUUAUGAUGGAUAUUCGUAGAUUGUCGACACAAUCAGCAGCCACGUCAAAGAGUGCAAAGGCAACUGUGUAUGAAUGGUUCUUUCAGGACGAAAACAACAAGUGGAUCAAAUAUGGUGAAGCUGACAGUUGUGGCCACACUCAUCUGAUUUCUAGUGUAAAGUCACAUGAGAUUGAGCUGUGCUUUGUUACAAAUCCCUCUUCCCCAAUGACUUUCAAUAACUCAAAAUUUCAAUAUCAGUUAGAUUUUAUUGGGAUGAAGCAGACAAAUUUGAGCACUGGUAAGGUAAGAUUAAUACGAAGAAGACCUGUAAAAAAGCAAAGCACAAAAAUUAAUCCAAAGAGCAAGAAGGACAAUUUGCCCUCUUCUUGGAGUGUCAUGAAGGAUACUGACACCAUGGUGCAGAUAACAUUGGACACAUCUAGCCAAGAAUAUCGUGAUGUUAUGACUCUGUUACUAGCUACCUUGCCUUCUGCUCGACCGACAGCAAUCAAGAGGAUUCAGAACCCCUUUUUGUGGCGACCUUUUCAAAAUAAGCAAGAUGAAUUGUCUCUUAAAUACGGUGAGAAAGGAAAAAUAAAUGUUCAAAAACUCUUCCACGGGACAAAAUCUGAAUAUGUAGAUAAUAUCAGCCGGGAAAAUUUUGAUUGGAGGCUGCAUGGCUCAAAUGUUGGACAGUUAUAUGGCAGAGGGACCUACUUCUCAAACAGUGCUGCGUUUUCUAUGAAAUAUUCUCAAUCCAACAUUUUUGGCCAUAAAGUUCUGCUGCUGGCUGAAGUAAUAGUUGGGAAAGUGACCAAAGGAAAUGCAUCCAUGACUCGUCCACCAAUAAAUCCUGCCACUAACGAAUUGUAUGAUACAACAGUAGACAGCACGAGUUCCCCAAAAAUAUUCGUUAAAUAUGAUAAACAGGAAUAUUACCCUCUGUAUAUCCUAGAACUAUAAUAACGAGAACUAAAAGAUAGGCAUAGGUUAUGCCCAGGGUGCAAGCAUAUGUUUUACUAAUACUCUAACCAUUAUGCUGCACACAUUAAUAAGUGGUGUUGAAAUGUAGAGUCUUGAUGGUUUUCCACAACCCUAGCUUAAAGGAAGAAAUAAGAAAAUCUGCAUUCAAAAUAUAAAUUAAUAAAAAAAAAAAAACUCAACAAAAUUUUAGUAUGACCCUAAAGUGAAUUUAUUUAAAUAGAGUAUAUAAAUUGUCCAAAUUACAUGUGUGUCAUUAUACAAGGUGUGCUAACAACACUGGAGAACAUAAUGCAGAGAGAAUAUGGUCACACAAUAUAAGAUACUUAGAGCUGUGGUAAGGUAAAUAAAAAAAAAGGAAUUUUAAAGAGAUGGGAGCAAGAACAAGACUCUUAUGCCCCAUAAGAGGACAUAACUUGAAAUGUAAAUAGAAUAUUGAAUGUAGUGAAAUGCCCCUUUCCUGGGGGAGCCUCUUGGUGGCUCCCUGACACUAACUCGCCGAGAUAACUUGCCAUACAUAGUCACAUCAGUCUUCAGAGUUUUGUUGACCUACCGAGAACCUGGAGCCAGAACCACACCCCUUCACAAAGGCAGAGGAUUGUUAUGAUCACCACCAGGAAAGUCACCAGAAAAGCAGGUAAAACAAUGAAGUAUCAUGAAAGUACAUGAAGUAUCAGAAUCUCAAGCCACACGAAGAGCCCAGCCCCAAAAGGGAAGAAAGACCGAAGUGAUCCCCCAGCAGUGCAGAGAAAGAACUACUGGGAGCCAUCAGAGUAGAACUGGAGGAAGAGGAACCAUCCCACCCUCAACCCUGAAGGACCUACCACAAAGAAUCAUCCCACAUCUUUAACACUGAGCACAGGGUGUGAACCCAACCAACAACCCUGGGAGGCAAAGCGAGUGUGGCACAAUACCUCAACCCAGACCCGAGGCAUCUGGGAACAACCCAAUUUUAAAGAGUUCUUGGGGCUAUCUGGUGGCCUUUUCUUGGUUCGUGAUCUACGAUCCCCCCUGCUCUUUGUGCUUCUUUAGAGGGGCAGCAAGGUUUUAGCCUGUGGUUCCCGGUAGGCUUAUAUAUGACUCGCAAGGGCCUUGCAUGGACUGAAUUGGGUGGAUCUUGCAUGGCAGUAAACACUAAGGAGCCACAGGAACCUUAAUUAAAUAUCCUGUUUAUUGUUUUCUAUAGCAAAAUUUAAAUAAUUACUAACAUUAAGUAAUUAAGAGUUUAUGUACAGUACUUUAUAAAACUUUACAAACUUUCAUUGAUAUUUGAUGAAUUAUUAUUACAAUAGUGAAUUGCAAAUCAUAGGUUUUGCUAUAAUUUUUUACAGAGUAUUAAUGAGAGUUUGUAAAGUUUACACAGAACAGUAAUCAGAAACAGUAAUUAGAAACAUUUGAUUUGAUUUGAUUUGAUAAUCUUAAUGAAUUAUUACUAAUGCAUACAAAACUACAAUUUAAAUUUAUUCUGUUAUUAUAAUCGAUAUUCAUUCCGUAAAGUGUAUGCACUAGUUUUAGGUUAUUUAAACUUUUAACUCAUAAUUAUUAUUGUUGCAUUUUCCUCUUGAUGUCUUAAUAUUAAGGCUUGCCAAAAAUGCUAACUGUAAUUUGGUUUAUAAUGGUUGCAAAAAUCACUAUUGCUCUCUUAAAAGCAAUGGAUUAUUCUUUUGUAUGUUUGUUUAAAUAAAAUUAAUACAGUAUUAUUGUAAGGAGACAUUCAGUCCAUUCUCUCAAUUCACCACAAUGUACAAAACCCAACAUCCCAACGAAACUAAAAAUGCACAAACCCACCUAACCUAACCAACUGAUUCACAGAAAAUAGGGUUUUGCGAGGUGCUACUUUUCAUAGCACGUUACAUGUAGAACAUUGGUUACUUAAUGUUGUAUUAGUUGAGAGAACGGGUUGGGACAGAGGUAAAGUCUAAGUACAGGCUUCCCGGUCUCCAACAAUGUGAAUUAUUUCUUUGUUGCACAUUGUUUUCAUUGUACAGUAUCUAUUUCCUGCAACUAUUUCGAUUACCUCAGGUGACCCAAUCAUUUUUCACAUACAGCACCUUUCCCAAUUUAGUUGACCCUUCAUUAGCGAGACCCAUUAUACUUUUGCCAACUCAUUUUAUGUAUUGCACAUUUUUACAAAUAAAGAUGUAUACUUUUAUCAAU